AUGCUGACACGUCCCUGGCCGGCAAGGGAAAAGCCUGUGCUGGCUGGAAAUCCCCUGCCAAGACAAUUAUCUAUUGUGUCCAAAGUGUCUGCGGACGAAACGAGACGUAACGCGGCCUGGGGCGACAAUGACCGCACGAAUGCAUCGUGCUUCCAGGCCGAUAAAAACAAGAUGGGAAUUCAUGAUUUCUGGCGAAAACUAGGAAAAUCUACAACAAAAGAUCGAAAGCAUGACACUUUGCAACACCAUCGUCAUUGCGCAUCGUGCGAGAAAUAUCGGACCUGGACAUCGAAAUCAGAAGCCUUAAAUCUGCCUCUUUCUGACUUACGGAAGUGGAAGCAACAUUCGACAGAAUUUGAAGAGAAGUGUCGUUGUGAUUCAGUUGACGCAUGGGUGACGACCGUCAACCGGUCGCGUGAGCGUGCGGAUAUAGUGGACAGAGUUCUUCUAGACGAUCGUUUGUUGACAUUCAGCUCCACCGAUCAUGUUGAGGAAACGGAUACCGAGGAUAUUGGGGACGGGGAAAGUGAUACAGGGAGUCUCCAAGAAUGGAGUCAUUGGCGAAAGCAGGCAAAUGAUCAACUCGUAUCCAUGAUUCUUCACAGUAAAAGUAAAGACUCUCGAUCCUGGGAUUACACACGCAAGGCUAUGGACAGCAACGUCAUGAAUGACGUAAUACAACAUGUGAUAGACAGUGGAGUGUCUUCACCAGAAUUGGAAGGGAAACCAUUUAUAAUGUACGGCAUUCCGAGAGUUCGGCUGGAAAAGCGAUGA